AUGAGCGAAAGAAGACAAAAACACUUGAGACGAAAACAAGAUCCUCCACUCAACGGCAAUGUCGACCACCCAACCCCAAUCUCAACAACAAUAUCAACCGUGAGGCAAUUACUUGUAAUGAGGGAUAAUGAGGAAAAAGAAGUUACUUCUAUUGUCCAAGAAUCAUACAUUUCUCAAGACAUGCCUAAAUCAACAAACGAAAACAACGAGACAAUAACAGAAAUUACUGCUUCUAAUGAAAUUUCAGGAUAUUCUUUAGAAGAAAGUUUAUUGCAUAGUAAUGAAGAUUAUGAAAUGAUAAUAAGAACAAUUAAUGUUCUAAAAUUUCAAUUGGGACUAGUAAAAAAUGAUAUAGAGAAAAUCAAAUCAUUGAAACAGAAAGCAAUGCAAGACCCAAUACAGUAUGUUGAAGGCAUUAUGGCUGGGGUUUGUUUGAAAGUUCCAAAAAUUGAUUGGUCAAAGUAUCAUACAAGUCCAUCAGAAUACAAACCAGAUCCAGAGUUUACUCCAGUGUCUAAUAAGCUAACGUGCGAACCAAUUGAAUCUGUUGAAUUUGUGCAUCAAUGUGCUGAAAAAGUGGGCUUAACAAGAUACAAUAAACGAGAACCUACAACUCUAAAAAAAUCGCAUGCCAAAAGAAGAUCAACAGACGUCACUGAUAAUUAUAUCAAAGAACAACAGCAAUCACCUUCACCUACAAGUCCUAGAACUAGAAGAAGAUUAUCAAAAAAUAAUGAUUAUAUCUCCAGUUCAUGUAAUAAGAAUCCAAUAGUAGGGACUCGAUUUGUUUGCAGGGAUUGCAAAGGCUUAGACUUAUGUGAAGAGUGUACUAUUGAAGGAUUAUUUGAAAAUGAACAUCAUAACAAAUCGCAUCAAUUCACUGUAAUUACUAAGCCUGCAACAUUUCAUUUUGAUAUGCUAGAAAAUGUUGGAGAAUCUAAUUUAUAA